GGGUACAGUGUGGGCGUGGCCAGCUGGGCAUGGGGGCGUGGCCGGCGGAGUCCAGGAAAUCCUGGAGCGACGACGUCUCUCCCAGCAGGAGAAGUGGUUCCUGGGCCGAGGCUACUGGGACCCAGCUGUGGGAUGGAGGACCGACAGGAAAGGAGGGUGGUCCACUUCGCCAGUGGGGAGACUAUGGAGGAGGAAGAGGAUGAGGAAGAUCCAACACAUGAGACGCUCAGGGAGCCAUCAGAGAGGAUUUGGAGGUCGUGGAGGAAAACUGGGGGUCUGGUGAUGAAGAUGACCCUUUGCGCGUGUGACUUCCUUGGGGCGCGGCUGGCCAGCCUGUUGGGGCUGGACUCCGCCAAGUACCAGUACGCCAUCGACCUGCACCGCCGCCGCCAGCCGCAGCGGCGGGACGACCCGCAGGUACCUGAGGACCUGAGUGGAGCCCGAGGGGAGAGGAUUGUUCUCUCCACCAGACCAGACCGCACUUACAGCGCCACAGAACCCAGAACCGUGGGUCAAGGGGCGCACAACGAGGCCUUUCAGCAUGAUCGUGACCCCUAAACCAAAGUAAAGAAGAGGAGGAAUGUUCUGUGAUUUGGAAUUUUCUAUAAAAAAAAUUCAACAGAAACUUUCCAUUUGUAAUUUAACCGUUGUUAGUAAAGUGGGAUCAGGUUCGAAACUUUUAAAUAAAAUGUGAAACACAAAUUCGUUUUAUUGGAUCAGUUAUUUUAUUUAAAAACGGGAACAAUUAUUUUAAUAUGUUGACGAAUUCGACAGUACGUACAAUAUUAAAGGCCCACUAUGCAACUUUUUGAGCCAAAAUUACAUUAAUUAUGCAGGUUGAGAGUUAUUCUGAUGGUUCUGCAACCAUUUCUGGGUCGUUUGGUGGGUGUGUCAUUGCCCCAUGUCGCCUCUCCAAGGAAAGAGCGCAUAUGCAACUUGCUCUGUUCGGAACAUGGGUUCGGACCAUGGACAUAAUAAAGGAUCGGACCGACAGAAUCCGGAUGUGACGCGACGGAAGUAUCCAAUCGCGCCUCGAAAAUGUAGUCGGAUUGUAGUUUCGAAAAUGCUUUACGGCACAGACACCCCCCCAUACAUGGCACCGGCUAGAUAUAAACAGCCAGUUGCGAGGCAAUUGUUGCCUCGCAACAACAUUUCAUCAUGGAUCAAUCGACUGAUAAGGGACCCAAGAGGCGACUCUCGGUGUAACAAAAGAAGAAUAAAAAUAAGUUGGACCAGAAAAGAGACCAGACACGAGUGAAAGAGGAACUAUGCAACUUUUUUGGCUUGAUUUACCUUAAUAUAACAGGCUAAGAGUCAUUGCGAUGGUUCUACUAUACAUUUUUGUUUGAUUGUUCGUUGUUUCGACUCCCCCUUGAGCAUCUUGGCGGAGAAAGGGAAUAGGUUUCUGCCGGCGACCCGCCGCCCCCUCUCGCGGGAGUCUCGGGUCUCGCGAAGUAACGAAUUGCUUUACGGCACAGACCCAACACCUGUUCGAUAUAAAUACAAGUAACUAAGGGAUUGUUACAUUCAUCAUAGAUCUGCCGACUAAAACGAGACAGAGAAACAGAGGCCAGACACGAGUAAAGGUUGGGCAAGCUUUUCAGGAAUAGCGUGAACUGAAAGAAAAAGACUGCAAAUCAGAC